GUGCCGUUCCCAGCUCUGCAGGGGGAAGGGGUGGAGUAUCUAGGCCGAGCCGAUGACGCCAUCAUCGCCAUCUCCAACUACAGGCUCCACAUCAAGUUUAAGGACUCCAUCAUCAAUGUAAGACAUGAUGCACACAUGCAUAUUUUACGAUACACCGGUAUUGAUGCACGGACCGGUUUGGGUUUUUACUUUACCUUCUAUAAAGGUAUUUGAAUGUUUGGUUUGUUAAAUGUGAUACGCCGUGUGUAACGCCCAUUUUUAUAGUUUACUUCGCUACUUGAGUCAACUCUCUCCGCUCUGUCUCUCUCUCCAUGCUGCUUUCCACACAGACCUAGCCCCGCCCCCUGUCACUCAAGGAGUGCAUCUGUUGUUCCUCAACCACGAGACACUUGCGUUCGGUCUGCAUGGUCAAUUCAGCACAGGCAACAAUGUUGAUGACAACGAUGCUGUUUUCACUUUGCUUCUUAAUAUAAAUCCACUAGUGUUCUAGAAUUACACUAUUAGUUUGUGUUUCUUUCACCUGCAAACAGUUAGUUUGUCUUUUCUUAGCAUGUUGGGCCUAAAUCGUGUUAGCCACUAAUGCUAAUCACUAGUUAGCUGGCUAGCUAGCUAGCUAAUGUACUGAGUCAGCGCAAACGUAAUUAGCUAUGCAUCCUGAUAAUACCAGUGAUGUAGACCUAAAUCAGCAUGUUGUUUGUCCAACACUUUGGUUCCUACCCUGUCACGAUAACUCCUCCCUGGCAUUUUCAUUUGUUUUCAUGUCAAACAACACUAUAUUCAAAGUGCCCACUAUUAUAUUCUAACUAUGGAAUUAGAAUAAUCAUUCUAUUCCCAUGAUUCCAACAGUUCACCCCAGUGGUUUGCUCUAAAUAGCAAGUCAAAUCACAAUUGUAACAUUUGGUUAAAAAUAAGACCUAGAUUGUUUGCCCAUAUCGUUCAGCCUUAUGUGGCAGUGUGGAAAUGAUCUCAAAUCAGUGCAGGAAAUGCAGAAAUUGAUGAAAAUGCUGAAAAUUAUUUUUGGUUGAAUUGAACAGUAUAAAACAAUCAGAAAGGAGAAAGACCCAUUGAAAUCAUUUAGAAUGUAUGUGUUGCCACCGUAGGGUCACGCACUACUCAUACAGCAAACCUAAAACUUGUAUCAUUCAAAAACAUAAAAUACCGUCAAUGUUUUGUAAAAUACCGUGAUAUGACAUUUUGGCCGUAUCGCCCAGCCCUAACACAUGCAAUACACAGGAUACAGAGAUCCUGGAAAAAACAACACAAGCAUGUUCUAGUAGCUGCUCUGACAUAGCCUGGUUAAACCAGAUUGAACGCUGCAGUGUAAUGUACAUACAUCAGUUUGGUUGCCAGGCUAAUUGCUACACUGUCUAUAGAUCUGAACUUGUGCACAGAACUGAGAGGUGGUAAUGCGAGGAAGAGAACCCUGCCUGAAAGGAGAGGCUCUGCUGGUUAGAUUCAUUACAGGCCAUAUAAUACAUUUUAGACAGAACGUCCUGCUGCUUACAAGCCAAGGCUGGUAGCACUUCAAAUGAUGUGAUUGAGAUGCAGAGCCAUUUCCAGGACCUGAUGCUUGGUCCCCUCCUCACCCCCACUGAGUUGGCAGUGUGUCGGGCACCACAGGAAUGGUGCAGUGACCGGUAUCUAUCAUCUCACCACCAGCCAGGACUGUUUUACAUGACCUCUGGAGUCUCAGGGAGCCGGCCCAGCGUUCAUAGUCGCGGUCGCACACCACAGACACACAGGCACACUCACAUAUGUACGCACACGCACACACACACACUUAUCUUAGCAUCCAGUGGCCCCUCCUACUGAUGCAAUACAAACAGCCUUCAAAACCAAAGUUUGCAGGCAAAACCAUUGUAGUGAAUUUAUUGAAGGUAGUUGCCGCAAACUAGCCACUUGCGAAAUGCACUCAUAAAAAAUAAGCUCCGUGACCUCCAUCUUACUAGCUACUAUUUUGUAUUGUAUUCAAGCGGAUAAAGUAGUGAAGUAGACAGUGACGUAGUUCCUCUAUGCCAAUAGAGUCCAUCAUUGAAACCAGACCAUAGUCACUGACCACGUUUACAUGCACACAGUAUUUCUGAUAGUAGCUCAUAUCCCACUUAAGGUCUUAUUUGGGAUAAGCUGUUUACAUGCACCUUUGAUAUCCCGUUCAUGAGUGUCCUUGUAUCCAUUAAUAAACAGAAUAUUCAUCAUUUAAUUUCAUAUGGGUUAAAUGGAAUAGUAACUGAAAUAUGGACACUGACUGUAGGCCUAUAACCUCUCACACGUAGAGUAAUAUAAUAUGAACUCCUGCAGAAUUAUGCAUGUCUUGUAUUAAAAUUAUACAACAAAUGUAAAUUUUGUCUCGGGAACAGGAGUGGAGAGAGAUUAUUUAUUUAUUUAUUUCAGCAUCUCUUGAGAAAAUUUGAAUGUGUGUGUAAUGUGUUAUCUUUGAAACUGUUAUGCAAGCAGACAGUAUUUCAACCACAUAAAAUAUGCACUAAAUAUGAACUGAAGUCUUAUCAGAAACGUGUUUCAUCAUUUUCUCAGCUUUUCAUUCCCUUAAAACCGGUCAAACUGAUGACAUUUUGACAUUUUGCACAGGACCAAUCUUUCCACUGUUUUGGAGAUAUUGCGUUUUCUCCCUGGUCCCUAAACCAAACAGACAACUUUACCAGUGUUAACUAGAUUACUAAUGCCUUCAUUCUAUCGAUGUAAGACAUUAUUCUGGUGAGCACUACAUUAUAGUCGGAAGAGAAGCUGCAUGUAUCUAACUAUAGUUGACAAACAAAUAGCCUACCAAAUGUUGGAAAUUACAAUAUGGCCUACCAAAUGUCCGAAAUUCUAAGUAAAAACUUGUCGAAAUUUCUGGUGAAAGUAGCCAGUAGGCUAUGCGGUCCAGGACGGAGUAUCAGCAAAAUAAAUUAUUAUGGAAUUAUGGUGGAUCAAGUUGUGUAGAUAGCCUACUUUUUGUAGUGAUUUGUUUGACAAUCAGAUGAAAACAUCACAUAACACCCAUGAUAUGCGAAACUGAGGCCUGUGCAGACCGGAAAAACAACAGUAAACAAGAUAAGAUGUUUACAUGCCACAGUAUCCCAUCUAAGAUCAGAAUAUCCCUGGCAUCUUAUCCAGGUUUCUCAUAACCGGGAUACAAGCUUUUUCAUGUUGUUGUAAACGGGAUAUGAUGUUUAUAUGAGUCAACUCAAAAACAGAAUACUUCAGUAUCCCGAAUAAUAACAGGAUAAUUUUAAACGUGGUCAAUGUGUUACCUAGGGUCGGGUUUUCGAGACUAACUCCAUUUCCUCCUUCUCCCCCUAUCCCAGAACUCCAGUCAUCUAACUGAGUACAUGUAGUAAGACUACACUGUCAGUUUGCGCUGCCUGCAUAUUAAAAUGUUAUAUUUUGAUAUCCUUUCCCCUUCCAUUUUCUUCUCUCAUACUUUCCUUUUCGAGCUCGGUUGUGGUCAGCAAAAGUCACUCUUUCUGCCAUGCUAUUAUGUGUUCUCUGCUUGAUUUUAGCUCUUUCUUUUCAUGUUUUGCCUUUCAUUAACUUCCUUCUGUUGUUUUUCUUCAGUUCAAUCAUUUUUCCAUUUCCUCUGUCCCCUGUCUUGUUGUCACCCCCCUCCUCCCUCCUGCUCUCUGCUCCCUCCCUGGUCCUGGUGUAUGUCUCUCAUUAUGUUGUAGACCUGUCAAGGUGUGGACAAUCACAUUUCUGUGAGUACCUUGUGUCGACAGCAACCCUCAGCUUCCCACCUCCUCCCUCCAACAGUCUAGACUUGACCGCUUUAUCAUUCAACCUCUGUUUGGUUCAGACUGACUACUCCUGGAUUCAUGUGCACUCCAGAAGGACAAAAUGUAAUUUAAUUUGAAAUUGGAAGAAAUCUAAAAACGGUUUAUAAAUUUUCUGAUUCAGAAUCUUCUCAACAUUGAAUAUAAUGUAAUGCACUUAGCAAGGCAAGAGCCAAGAGCCAAGAGCCAGGCAGUUCUGUGUUGCAGAGAUUGAAUGUAUUGCGUCUCUUAAGAUUUUGGAGCACCACUUUGUGCAUUUGAUGUCCCGAAGUCUGUCUGAACUGUGGCAGCAUGAAUUGGUUGUUCAUUAACGAGUUAGAUGACCCGGCCCCCGCCGGUCAGCGUCGAUGCUGAUUGGCCAGUCCCAAUCAAAGGUCAAGCCUCAUUGGGUAAUUUGAUAAAUGUUACGUUCGGAGUGACCUCAUUAACACCUCUGACCUGUGGACCAAUAACAGAGCUAGAGCUGUGGUACAGAACACUACAGACUCAGCAUGAUCGAAUGACUGAGUGAACAUUCUAGAAUAGAUUGCACUGCUGCAGACUCCAGAGCUUGGCCUGUGGUGAUGACUCAUUGGUUUAAAAUGGUUAUUAUGGUUGCAUAAUGGUUGUUGUGUGUAUGAAUGAGAUUUACUGUGUGGCAAUUUAUUGUGGCAACUAUGAAAAGUGUAAAUACAGUGGGGGAAAAAAGUAUUUAGUCAGCCACCAAUUGUGCAAGUUCUCCCACUUAAAAAGAUGAGAGAGGCCUGUAAUUUUCAUCAUAGGUACACGUCAACUAUGACAGACAAAAUGGGGAAAAAAAUUCCAGAAAAUCACAUUGUAGGAUUUUUAAUGAAUUUAUUUGCAAAUUAUGGUGGAAAAUAAGUAUUUGGUCAAUAACAAAAGUUUCUCAAUACUUUGUUAUAUACCCUUUGUUGGCAAUGACACAGGUCAAACGUUUUCUGUAAGUCUUCACAAUGUUUUCACACACUGUUGCUGGUAUUUUGGCCGAUUCCUCCAUGCAGAUCUCCUCUAGAGCAGUGAUGUUUUGGGGCUGUCGCUGGGCAACACGGACUUUCAACUCCCUCCAAAGAUUUUCUAUGGGGUUGAGAUCUGGAGACUGGCUAGGCCACUCCAGGACCUUGAAAUGCUUCUUACGAAGCCACUCCUUCGUUGCCCGGGCGGUGUGUUUGGGAUCAUUGUCAUGCUGAAAGACCCAGCCACGUUUAAUCUUCAAUGCCCUUGCUGAUGGAAGGAGGUUUUCACUCAAAAUCUCACGAUACAUGGCCCCAUUCAUUCUUUCCUUUACACGGAUCAGUCGUCCUGGUCCCUUUGCAGAAAAACAGCCCCAAAGCAUGAUGUUUCCACCCCCAUGCUUCACAGUAGGUAUGGUGUUCUUUGGAUGCAACUCAGCAUUCUUUGUCCUCCAAACACGACGAGUUGAGUUUUUACCAAAAAGUUAUAUUUUGGUUUCAUCUGACCAUAUGACAUUCUCCCAAUCCUCUUCUGGAUCAUCCAAAUGCACUCUAGCAAACUUCAGACGGGCCUGGACAUGUACUGGCUUAAGCAGGGGGACACGUCUGGCACUGCAGGAUUUGAGUCCCUGGCGGCGUAGUGUGUUACUGAUGGUAGGCUUUGUUACUUUGGUCCCAGCUCUCUGCAGGUCAUUCACUAGGUCCCCCCGUGUGGUUCUGGGAUUUUUGCUCACCGUUCUUGUGAUCAUUUUGACCCCACGGGGUGAGAUCUUGCGUGGAGCCCCAGAUCGAGGGAGAUUAUCAGUGGUCUUGUAUGUCUUCCAUUUCCUAAUAAUUGCUCCCACAGUUGAUUUCUUCAAACCAAGCUGCUUACCUAUUGCUGAUUCAGUCUUCCCAGCCUGGUGCAGGUCUACAAUUUUGUUUCUGGUGUCCUUUGACAGCUCUUUGGUCUUGGCCAUAGUGGAGUUUGGAGUGUGACUGUUUGAGGUUGUGGACAGGUGUCUUUUAUAUUGAUAACAAGUUCAAACAGGUGCCAUUAAUACAGAUAACGAGUGGAGGACAGAGGAGCCUCUUAAAGAAGAAGAUACAGGUCUGUGAGAGCCAGAAAUCUUGCUUGUUUGUAGGUGACCAAAUACUUAUUUUCCACCAUAAUUUGCAAAUAAAUUCAUAAAAAAUCCUACAAUGUGAUUUUCUGGAUUUUUUUCCCUCAAUUUGUCUGUCAUAGUUGACGUGUACCUAUGAUGAAAAUUACAGGCCUCUCUCAUCUUUUUAAGUGGGAGAACUUGCACAAUUGGUGGCUGACUAAAUACUUUUUUCCCCCACUGUACACUUAAGAUAUAAACGUAAUAGUUCAUGGAAGGUGCAUUGACAAUGUAAUAACAUGCAACGUGAUGAUUUUAUAAGGAAAUGCAAGUGAUGCUGUCGUGGAUCAGAUAUUGGUGUGGCAAUAGAGGCAUUGGUAUGGUGUCUGUUUUAAUAGAGGUAUGGUGUCCUACAGGUGCCUCUGAGGCUCAUAGAGAGUGUGGAGAGCAGAGACAUGUUCCAACUGCACAUCAUCUGCAAGGACUCCAAAGUCGUCAGGUAAAGAGAACUCCUACUUUAUAUCUACGGUACCUACACUGGCUAGUGACAACCAACUAUUAUUAGGACUUAUUGAUAAAUGAAUAUCUUGUGCUCCAUGAAUCAUAAGUCUUUUUUUUAUUACAUUUGAUUGACAUUAAGCAAAACAUGAUCUUUUUUGACACAAUGUAUAGACUUAGUUCUAAACAAGGAGACUUAGCAGUAGUGGUCUUUUUUUGGUAGGCCUAUGCCACAAUAUUUCUGCUAGUGGGAAAACUAGCUCCUUUGUUAUUGCUCGGAGUUGCAAAAGAGAUGUCAUGAAGUUGUCUUAAGAACAUUUCUGGGUCCAAAACACUUAAGAUCCUUUAAAAAAAAGGAUCUUGACUACGGAUACGGAGUUUUCGCCCACGCCCCGCCCGCCCCUCUGGAAACCUCUUUGUCAAAGCUAAGGAUCCGGUUCUGCGCAUGUGUUAUUUUACGCACAUGUAGCUGUUGCUCCCCCUCCCUUCACAUUUCGCUGUUUACUCACCCUCUUCUGAAAAGACUUGAGCUUCAAGGAACCAAAGCAAAUGUAUGCACUGCAGCCCACUUCUCUCCUAUAAAACCGUAGUGUUGCUGGCUCACUGUGACAGCCUGUCUGGCAUGUUCCUCACAGAGAUGCAGACAUCAGAAGUGUUCCCACCUCUUUGAUUGUGAUCUUUAUAUCCUGCCUGAGGAGCAGAUGUUAUGUGGCACGGCCCAGGGAAACACUGUUCUCUUCUCCAUGACUAGUCUCCAUAGUGGAGAGCACUCAUAAGAAUAUAGAAUCAUAGAAGAAUCUCCAUGUUGGAGAACACUCAUUAUUACCCUGUUUGUGAGCUACUGCAAGAGAGAAUAUAGGCCUACAUAAUUGUAUACCUCCCUCUCAUUCUGUCCAAUUAAGAUGACUUUCAAAACAAACUUAUAGGACAGUAUAUAAUAAUGUAGGCAAAACACAUGGGUAUGUAUUAUCUUUUGGUCCUUGAACAUGUUUUGCCUAAGAAUAAUAAUACAUAAUGUACACAAACCAUGAUAAUAUGGUGAAAGCGUGAUGAAGGGCGUGGCCGUCCUCUGACUUUCCAUCCUUAUGUGUUUGUGUUCGGUUAUCUACUCAGAUGCCAUUUCUCGACGUUCAAGCAGUGCCAGGAGUGGCUGAAGCGUCUGAACCGGGCCAUAGCCCACCCUGGCAGGCUGGAGGAUCUGUUUGCCCUGGCCUACCACGCCUGGUGCCUGGGGGGCAGCGCUGACGAUGAGGACCAGCACCUACACCUCUGCAGACCAGGUUAGUGUCAGACACGUAACACACACACACACAUACAUGGAUACACACACAUGGAUACACACACAUGGAUACACACACAUGGAUACACACAUGGAUACAUACACAUGGAACUAACACAUGGAUACCAUUACACAAUGAUACAUACACAUGGAUACAACACAGGAUACACACCCAUGGAUACACCACACAUGGAUAACCACACAUGGAUAUACCAGGUACAUGUUACAAGGGAUACAUACACAUGAUCAUAACACAUGCACCCACAAUCACCAAACAGAUUAAAACCCUGAGGCCUCAUUAUAGCUGUUUUACUCAUAUUAGACCAUUCCUCUCUUUCUCUCUCCCCCCUUCCCUCUCUUCCAUCUUUCUCUCUGCGUAGGUGAUCAUGUCCGUCAGAGGCUGGAGAUGGAGGUAAGGAGGAUGGGCUUCGACAUGCAAAACGCCUGGAGAGUGUCCGACAUCAACCUCAACUACAAGUAUGAUACACACGUACACACAGCCCCCCAGUCUCAGCACAGAGCGGCAAGAUUGAUGAUCACACAGCUGCCUCAUCAAGCCAACACACACACACACACACACCUUAGCUAGCCAGCCCACUCUCUCCUAAGCAGGUACAUCUAACGUCUGUGCUGUUAAAUAGUCCCAGACUCGGGGGGGGGGGGGGGGGGGGGGGGGGGGGGGGGGGGGGGGGGGGAACCGAUUUGACGGGGGGGGGGGGGGGGGGGGGGGGGGGGGGGUAGUGUAAGAGUCGCUGUCAUCCCUGUGACGGACUGAGCUCGCUCUCUCUCGCUCUGAAUGACAGCUGUGCCGUGGGGCCCGGGGGGGGGCUUCCAUCUGUCUGUUCCUCUCCUCUGUCUGAUACUCACCAGUCACGUCGCACACACCACACACACCUUUCUGUGUAUGUCUGUCUUGCACUUAGACAUACAUGCAAAUCAUACACACCUUUCUGUACACCCAUCUCUAACACACUUACACACACAGACUGGGUUGUAUCCUGUUAGGAGGACUGUCUCUUCCUUCAUAUUUAACAUAGCUUUCGCUAUUGCACUCACACAGACUUGAACGGACAUUAAAAGGUGUGUGUACCUGUGUCUGAGGCCUGUGUGUGUCCCCUGCUGGGUAGGUAAAUAAGUAAAUGAAUCUGCAGUAUGCUCUGAGAGCCACAGAGUGUCAUGCUGAGACACACACACUCUCUCUUUCUCUCUCUCCCUCUCUCUCUCUCUCUCUCUCUCUCUCUCUCGCUGUCUGCUCUGAGAGUGUCCUGCUGAGGGGGACAGACACACUAGAGAAAGGGGUAAUUAAAGCAGGCCAGAACCUGCUGGGGAUCCAUGACUCAGCACAACACACACACACACACUGAAACACACGCACACACUCCUAUCUACCUGGAGCAGACAGUAGAGAGCGACUGCAGGCUAGGAUAGAGAUGGGAGGGGGAAGGAGAGAGAGAGUGCGACAGUGAUGUGCAAAGUAGAGGACAUAUGGAGAUGGUGUAAGUGCUGGAGGGUAGGUGAUACAAAUAUGUAAUAUGGGAUAGAGAGCUAGAGACAGUGGGCCACUGAAUAUCUUUGUUACGGCAUUGCUUGGAGAUGUCGAUCUCACUUUGGAUAUUUUAUCGGAGAAAUAAAAGCCAUCUCUUGAUGCACUACGUUGAUAAUUACCCAGCUUUUCUCUGCGUUUUAGUUAGUAGUACAUUAUGUACAUUCUCCCUUUCCUAUACGUGUAAAUCUACAAUCACACUUUAUUGCUUAGUACAUAUGUAAUGGAGGUGAUUCGAUGAACUAUACUUGUUUGAUGAGUAACCUUGCCUGAGAGCUGAAGACUUGUUAGGUGCCUAGGAUUUAAGUCAAGGGGUCUGAACAUCCCCUCCUCUUCUCUCCUGCCAGGUUGUGCUCCAGCUACCCCCAGAAGCUGCUGGUGCCAGUGUGGAUCACAGACAAGGAGCUGGAGAGUGUCGGCUCCUUCAGGUCCUCCAAGAGGAUCCCUGUGGUGGUCUACAGGUACACACAGGGCAUACACACACACACACAUCAUACCAUACACACACACAUCAUACCAUACACACACAUCAUACCAUACACACACACCAUAAUGUACACAUACACAUCAUACCAUACACACACACACACAUCAUACCAUACACACACACACACAUCAUACCAUACACACACACCAUAAUGUACACAUACACAUCAUACCAUACACACACACACACACAUUAUACCACACACACACCAUAAUGUACACAUACCAUACCACACACACACACACACAUCAUACCAUACCACACACAACCACAUCAUACCAUACACACACACCAUAAGUACACAUACACAUCAACCCAUAACACACACACAUAUACACACACAACCAUAAUUACACACACACCAAUCAUACCAUACACACACACCAUAAGUACACACACACAUCAUACCUACACACAGCACACCAUCAUACAACACACCACCAUAUGUACACACCAUCAACCAUACAACACAACAUAAUGUACACACAACAUCAUACCAUACACACACACCAUAAUGUACACACACAUCAUACCAUACACACACACCAUAAUGUACACACACAUCAUACCAUACACACACACCAUAACGUACACAUACAUCAUACCAUACACACAUACUAUAACGUACAAACACAUAUCAUACCAUACACACACACACCAUAACGUACACACACACACAUCAUACUUUACACACACACCCGCCAUACUACACACAAACACAUUUUGUACAUUUUAGCCAUUUAGCAGACGCUCUUAUCCAGAGCGACUAACAGUGUGUUCAUCUUAAAGGAAAGAUUCACCCAUUUUGAAUGUUUGUAUCGUUUUUGCUCUAUUGAUUCCCGGGGUCAUUUCAUGUCUUCAUGUGUAUCUGAGCUAUUCGCCGUUCAAGCAGGCAGAAAUACAGCUGGUAUGACAAGUUUUGCAUCAUAUGAUAAGGUAACUAGGUGAGGCAACCACAUCACAGUCAUAGUAAGUAAAAAAAAAAUCUCUAAAGAGCAGCUAUCAGCAAAGUCAGUGCUAGUAAGAGAAGACAAGUGAGUGUUAGUGCAAGAAAGGUAAGGAUGUUCGCUUAUUUUUAUAUCUUUUUCUGGGGAGGGGUACUUUAUAAAGCGUUUUUGUGAGAUUGGCAGGGACUCUGCUAUCCUGAUGUUAGGGGGAAGCUUGUUCCACCAUUUGGCACCAGGACAGAGAAGAGCUUAGACUGGGAUGAGCGGGAGCCAGCCCCUCAUAUGGGUGGGUGGGAGGGCCAAGAGACGAGAGGCGGCAGAAUGGAGUGCUCAGGUUGGUGUGUAGGGUUGGAGUAGGCAGAAUGGAGUGCUCAGGUUGGUGUGUAGGGUUGGAGUAGGCAGAAUGGAGUGCUCAGGUUGGUGUGUAGGGUUGGAGUAGGCAGAAUGGAGUGCUCAGGUUGGUGUGUAGGGUUGGAGUAGGCAGAAAUGGAGUGCUCAGGUUGGUGUGUAGGGUUGGAGUAGGCAGAAUGGAGUGCUCAGGUUGGUGUGUAGGGUUGGAGUAGGCAGAAUGGAGUGCUCAGGUUGGUGUGUAGGGUUUGAGCAUAGACUAAAGGUAGGGAGGGGCAGUUUCCCUUGCUGCUCUGUAGGCAAGUGUAGUAUCUGAAAGUCUAUGAUUUUGCUGACGUUUGCAAAUGGUGUGAUAGAUUAACUUUACUCUGCUUUGCUGAAACAUCUGGAAAGUAUUACUACAUAGGCUUCUUGGAAUAGAGGAGCUUAGGCAAGCACCAGGGUCUUGAAAUGGAUGCGAGCUUCGACUGGGAGCCAGUGGAGAGUGUGGAAGAGCGGGGUGACGUGGGAGAACUUGGGAUGGUUGAACACCAGGCGGGCUGCGGCGUUAUGGAGGAGUUGCAGGGGUUUGUAAGCUUGCAGUAGUCCAGACGGGAGAGGUCAAGUGCCUGGACCUGCACCGUUUCCAGUGUGAGGGAAGGUCGUACUCUACUGAUGUUGUAGAGUAUGAAUCUGCAGGAGCGAGUCAUUGCUUUGAUGUUUGCAGAGAAUGCCAGGGUGUUGUCCAGGAUUAUGCCGAGGUUCUUUGCACUCCGUAGAGUUGGGACACCGUAGAGUUGUCAACCGUGAUAGAAAGGUCUUGGAGCGUGCAGUCCUUCCCUGGGAGACAAACAUAAAAAACACAUUUCAAAUAUCCUCACCAUACCACACCUAAGUAGCAACACAUUCCAAACUAUGGUAAUUUGACUGUUGACCUGCUCUGGUUUUGUAUGUUUUUUUUAAUUGUAUGUCUAAUUAUGGUUGGUCCCCCCCCCCCCCUCUUUCUCUCCUGCCGUCCCACCAGGCACCAGAGGAACGGGGCAGUGAUCGCCCGCUGCAGCCAGCCAGAGAUCAGCUGGUGGGGCUGGAGGAACACAGAGGAUGAGUACCUGGUCACCUCCAUCGCUAAGGCCUGUCUGAUGGACACAGGGGCCAGGGUCACCUGUGGGGCCCCAGCCUGCAGCCGGCCCCGAGGGGAGGGCCCAGACAGCUCUGACAGCGACUUUGGUAAGGCUGACAGAGCGUUAUUAUUUGACCUUUACUAUACCUGAUAAGUUGCCUGAGAGAGAGAACACAAUAUCCUACAUUCUCAUAUUUGAAAAUCUCACAGCACUUGCUUUAGCAGUUCUUCCCAGUCUUUUGAAACCAGUGGGAAUGAUAACUAGUUUAUGGAUAACUGCAGCCGUUUCAGCUUAUUCAGUUUGCUCUGUCCCAAAAACAACCCCAAUUAGAUUGAUGAGAACUAGCUAUGAAGACAUAAGUGCUUGGGAAUAUGCCAUUCUCAAUUAAUACAUUCACAUUGGCGUCCAAUUAUGUCUGGUUUAUGCACACACACAUUCACACUCCUCGGCCACAUACAUUGUGGCUGGACAGAGGAUACGUUUGUUGCCAGUCAGGACCGGAUGUGUUUGGGCAAAAUCGCUGUGGCUCUUUUAUUUGUUACCUUGUUUAUGUGUUGGUGGCCAAGAAUGUGGGGCCCAUUUUGGGAGCGACUGUUCCCUCUCUCUCUUCCAUUCACUUUGUGUGUAAAUGACUGUGACAUGAAUGCAGAUGGGGGAACAACGGUGGGCUACACACUGUCUACUACUCUCCAAGUUUCUGUCUCGACUCUUCUGAGACGAGCCACAGAGAGUAGUUUGGCUAGUGUUCAGUUAGACAGCCCCUCAGCUUUGAGCUUGUUGAGUUUCUAUACAACACCACUGUUCUAACUGAACACACAAUAUUGGCUUCUCUUCACAAAGAAUCAACAGCGGGACAGGAUUCGGAGCCUGUGAAUGGGACUACCCCAUUUCAGAGAUGUAAUUAAAGGCUAAACGCACCCUGAAUCUAUUUCCAUGACUUUCCUGUGUUGAGGAGGGUAACAUGGAGUAAUAGAAUUGACUUCCUGAAUGCCAGGACAUUGAUUCAGUUGAGUGGGAGAGGGAUAGCCUGGUCCCAGAUCAGUUUGUUCUCGAUUGCCAACUAUAGGAGUGAGUUGACCAUAGGAGUUGGCUAUACAGCACAAACAGAUCUGUGACCAGGCUAGACAGACAUGCAGUACAGAGAAUGUUGACUAACUCUAAAUGGCAGGCCAUUGAUUGACUUGGGUGGGUGAGAGAUUGAGGCCAGUAGCUCUGGUCCACUGUGAGUAAUGACUCUAUCUGAAGUGUCUGCUGGCAUGAUGAGGCCCUGUCUAGCAAUCAUAGUUCCCUAGCAAUGUUGUUGUCUCCCUUCGCCGUGGUAGCUGUUACUGAGCGAUGCUGCAGUGGUCAUCAUCAGGAUGAGAUAUUGAUCGUCUCCAGGGGACGAGCUGAGAGCUGAGCCAGCACUAUUGUUCAUCCCCUGUCCAUCCCCUGUCCCUCCAGCUCUCUCGCUCGCUCUCGCUCUCUCUCCUAUUCCCAUCCCUAAAUCUUUCAUUCUCUCUACUUGUCCACCUACACCACCAACUCAUCCCUUUCAUCCCUCUCCAUCCAUCUCUUUUUAUCUGCCUGUCCCCUAUACACACCACCCCAUCUCUCUCUCCCUCCCUCCGAACUCUCCUUCUAUCAUUCUCUUUACCUCCCUCCACCUCACAUUUCUCAUUCUCUCUACCUCUCUCCUAUCUGCACCAUUCCAUCUCUUUUUCUCUCCUUCCCUCAUUCUGGCUCUACCUGUCCCCCACACCACUAAAACUGAAAUCUAAAUCCUCCUCCUCGCUCUCUCUCUCUGCCUCAGACUCCUCUCUGACAGGAUGCCCAGGCCCUGAUGCCAACGCUGCGCCACAGAAGCUUCUCAUUCUCGACGCCCGCUCCUACACCGCUGCAGUGGCCAAUCGCGCCAAGGGAGGUGGCUGCGAGUGUGAAGGUCAGGACACACCAGGCCUGGAAUUUCGUGAUUUUAGGGACAAGGCCAUUUGGCCUUCAAGAGGUGCCAAUUCUGCUAUGGCACCAAGGCCAUUAACCAAAAUAGUCAAUUAAAUUAAUUUGAAAACCAAAAGUGUAUGUACAUAAUAAUUAGUCUACAUGUCAAAGUGUAGGUGAUAGACAAUGCGUAUUGGCUACAGCCUCUCAUGUCCACAAAGAUGCUGACAUUAGGGAAGCGCCAGAAAAUGUAGCCAAACUUUAAUGAGACUUAAUUACAGUGCCUUGCAAAAGUAUUCAUCCCCUUUGGCGUAUUUCGGAUUUUUUUGCAUUACAACCUGUAAUUUAAAUUGAUUUUUAUUUGGAUUUCAUGUAAUGGACAUCCACAAAAUAGUCCAAAUUGGUGAAGUGAAAAAAAAACCUCUAAAAAAAAUUCAUAACCGUAAAGUGGUGCGUGCAUACAAUGAGGGAAAAAAGUAUUUGCUCCCCUGCUGAUUUUGUAUGUUUGCCCACUGACAAAUACAUGAUCAGUCUAUAAUUUUAAUGGUAGGUUUAUUUGAACAGUGAGAGACAGAAUAACAACAAAAAUCCAGAAAAACGCAUGUCAAAAAUGUUAUAAAUUGAUUUGCAUUUUAAUGAGGGAAAUAAGUAUUUGACCCCCUCUCAAUCAGAAAGAUGUCUGGCUCCCAGGUGUCUUUUAUACAGGUAAUGAGCUGAGAUUAGGAGCACACUCUUAAAGGGAGUGCUCCUAAUCUCAGGUUGUUACCUGUAUAAAAGACACCUGUCCACAGAAGCAAUCAAUCAAUCAGAUUCCAAACUCUCCACCAUGGCAAUGACCAAAGAGCUCUCCAAGGAUGUCAGGGACAAGAUUGUAGACCUACACAAGGCUGGAAUGGGCUACAAGACCAUCGCCAAGCAGCUUGGUGAGAAGGUGACAACAGUUGGUGCGAUUAUUCGCAAAUGGAAGAAACACAAAAGAACUGUAAAUCUCGCUCGGCCUGGGGCUCCACGCAAGAUCUCACCUCGUGGACUUGCAAUGAUCAUGAGAACGGUGAGAAAUCAGCCCAGAACUACACGGGAGGAUCUUGUCAAUGAUCUCAAGGCAGCUGGGACCAUAGUCACCAAGAAAACAAUUGGUAACACACUACGCCGUGAAGGACUGAAAUCCUGCAGCGCCCGCAAGGUCCCCCUGCUCAAGAAAGCACAUAUACCGGCCCGUCUGAAGUUUGCCAAUGAACAUCUGAAUGAUUCAGAGGGGAACUGGGUGAAAGUGUUGUGGUCAGAUAAGACCAAAAUCCAGCUCUUUGGCAUCAACUCAACUCGCCGUGUUUGGAGGAGGAGGAGUGCUGCCUAUGACCCCAAGAACACCAUCCCCACCGUCAAACAUGGAGGUGGAAACAUUAUGCUUUGGGGGUGUUUUUCUGCUAAGAGGACAGGACACCUUCACCGCAUCAAAGGGAUGAUGGACGGGGCCAUGUACCGUCAAAUCUUGGGUGAGAACCUCCUUCCCUCAGCCAGGGCAUUGAAAAUGGGUCGUGGAUGGGUAUUCCAGCAUGACAAUGACCCAAAACACACGGCCAAGGCAACAAAGGAGUGGCUCAAGAAGAAGCACAUUAAGGUCCUGGAGUGGCCUAGCCAGUCUCCAGACCUUAAUCCCAUAGAAAAUCUGUGGAGGGAGCUGAAGGUUCGAGUUGCCAAACGUCAGCCUCGAAACCUUAAUGACUUGGAGAAGAGGAGUGGGACAAAAUCCCUCCUGAGAUGUGUGCAAACCUGGUGGCCAACUACAAGAAACGUCUGACCUCUGAUUGCCAACAAGGGUUUUGCCACCAACUACUAAGUCAUGUUCUGCAGAUGGGUCAAAUACUUAUUUCCCUCAUUAAAAUGCAAAUCAAUUUAUAACAUUUUUGACAUGCGUUUUUCUGGAUUUCUUUGUUGUUAUUCUGUCUCUCACUGUUCAAAUAAACCUACCAUUAAAAUUGUAGACUGAUAAUGUCUUUGUCAGUGGGCAAACGUACAAAAUCAGCAGGGGAGCAAAUACUUUUUUCCCUCACUGUAUGUAUUCACCCCCUUUGCUAUGAAGCCCCCAAAUAAGAUCUGGUGCAACCAAUUACCUUCAGAAGAAACAUAAUUAGUUAAAUACACAUAUGGAAGAAGGUACUCUGGUCAGAUGAGACUAAAAUUGAGGUUUUUGGCCAUCAAGGAAAACGCAAUGUCUGGCGCAAACCCAACACCUCUCCUCACCCCGAGAACACCAUGUUUUUAAUCAGCAGGGACUGGGAAACUGGUCAGAAUUGAAGGAAUGAUGGAUGGCGCUAAAUACAGGGAAAUUCUUGAGGGAAACCUGUUUCAGUCUUCCAGAGAUUUGAGACUGGGACAGAGGUUCACCUUCCAGCAGGACAAUGACCCUAAGCAUACUGCUAAAGCAACACUCGAGUGGUUUAAGGGGAAACAUUUAAAUGUCUUGGAAUGACCUAGUCAAAGCCCAGACCUCAAUCCAGUUGAGAAUCUGUGGUAUGAUUUAAAGAUUGCUGUACACCAACGGAACCCAUCCAAAUUGAAGGAGCUGGAGCAGUUUUGCCUUGAAGAAUGGGCAAACAACCCAAUGGCUAGAUGUGCCAAGCUUAUAGAGACAUACCCCAAGAGACUUGCAGCUGUAAUUGCUGCAAAAGGUGGCUCUACAAAGUCUUGACUUUGUGGGGGGGCCAAGUUUUCAGUUUUUUUGUCUUAUUUCGUGUUUGUUUCACAGUAAAAAAUAUUUUGCAUCUUCAAAGUGGUAGGCAUGUUGUGUAAAUGAAAUGAUAGAAACCCCCCAAAAAUCCAUUUUAAUUCGAGGUUGUAAGGCAACAAAAUAGGAAAAAUGCCAAGGGGGGUGAAUACUUUCGCAAGCCACUAUAGAUUUACAUUUACGUCAUUUAGCAGACGCUCUUAUCCAGAGCGACUUACAAAUUGGUGCAUUCACCUUAUACUGCAUAUACACUGCCUUCGGAAAGUAUUCAGACCCCUUGACUUUUUCCACAUUUUGUUAGGUUACAGCCUUAUUCUAAAAUUGAUUAAAUGCCAGUCAUGUAAUGUUGGAUAACCCCCUAGAGUCCCCCCAAUCUAAGUAACAUACUAAAAAAAUCCCUAGUCAAAAUCUGUCAGUUUAAGAUGGAUAUAUGUUUUUUGCAUUGGAAUGCGUCUCAAUCCACCUCAUCCGCGGUCUUCUCACAAAAACGUCCGUAGCGUCCGAACAGUUUGACAUACUAUUAUGACCAUUCUAUGGAAAGGGGAGACUCUCAUGAACACGAUGGUUGUCUCUGUUUUGCUCUACGGCCCCCCAUAAGUGUCAGGGGACUCGUCUUUUUAUCGGUACCAGUAAAAAAAAGUAUGAAGGUCGUUUUUUGCCUACUCAAAAAAAGGGUUAAAUAUGUGUGAAAAAAAGUACAUACAUUUUUUUUUUCCUGAGCUUUCUUAUAUCUCCUAGAUAUAGGACAGACACUUCAAAACCUUGUUUCUUAUGAUUUAUUAUUUGACUGUCUUUUUUGACAUUUAUGAAUGUGUUAUUCAAUGCGUUUCUCUGGGCUAUAGUAGUAAAGGCCAAAUCCAAUAUUUUAUCAAAUAUGUAUUUUUUAUACCGAAAGGGGUCCUAAAAUUCAAAAUCAAAUAGCUCAAUGAUCCAUAUUAUGACCAUCUUAAAACAAAAGGCGGAGGCGUAACAUGACAUGGCCCCAUACUGUGGGUCUAUUUCUCUCUCUGGGAGAUGGUGUCGUGAGCCGCUCACAUUGGUCUUGUUGACAUUCAGACCUGUCAAUCCGUCAAACCACCUGACAGUAGCCUAGCCUGUUUUCUUUCAAGUGGAUGUGUUCUGAGCUGGAAGACAACCGUAAUCAAUCAUCUUUACAGCUCACUCUCCCUAAGCAGUAAAGAUUGUACUUGUUGUCUGUUUUAUUCUGACUGAUGAUAUUAUUGUCUCUGUGUCUGUCUGCAGAGUACUAAUACCCCAUGUGACUGAAGUUAUUGUGUGUGUGUUCCUGUGCGUUUCCUAGUAUUACCCUAACUGUAGUCUGAGUGAUUGUUUUUGUUUUUGUGGAUGUUUUUGUUUUCAGAGUACUACCCUAACUGUGAGGUGAUGUUCAUGGGCAUGGCCAACAUCCACUCCAUUAGGAACAGCUUCCAGUCCCUCCGAACAGUCUGUAGCCAGAUCCCCGACCCUGGGAAGUAAGUGGAUCCCUCUGACCUUUCUCUCCCUCCCGCCAUCCUUUUCUCUCUCCUUUCAUCCCUCCAUCCGUUCUCCAGGCCUCAGUAAGGUUAUACCACAGGGAGAAGGGGAAUGCAUCCAGUCACAAUCCAGCCCCAUUCCCGCUGGGCAGGCCAGCUGUCUGUCUGAAGUGUGUGUUUGUGGUGUUUGUGUGUGUGUCUCUCAAACCUGGGUUCAAAUAUUAUUUGAAAUUAUUUCAAAUACUUGAACUGUGAUUUUUUAUUGAGCUUGCCUGUCGCAAUGGAAGCAAUAGAAGAGUCCCAAAAGGGCAAACCCUACCCACCUGGCAUUCUAGGCAGCCUAAAGCAAAUGCUCUAAGUACUUGAAAGAUUUCAAAUAAUAUUUGUCCCAGGUCUUAUGUGUGUGAGUGUCUCCUUGCAUGUAAACAGUGCAUGCCCCAACUCCCAAACAGGAAUCAGUGACAUCACAUGAUGCACACGAGGGCUAUUCUAGUGGUAGAUUUCCUGGUAUUCUAAAAGAGGUGCUGUAGUGACCCCUUUUUAAAAUGACAGAGCCCAUUACAGAUUUAGGUCAGGGGCUCCACUUACCCCUGCCACAACCCCCUCCCCGGUGUCCUCAGGGUUACCUCCGUUUACUCAACCCAGCGUUAUUUUUUUACCUCCCUCAGAAUACAUUCUAAAACCUCUAGACCUGUUCUGAUUGGUCCCCCUUCGGCUUGUGUAUUCCCAGCUGGCUUUCUGCUCUGGAGAGCACCCGUUGGCUGCAGCACCUGUCCGUCAUGCUGAAGGCAGCCACUCUGGUGUGCUCUGCGGUGGAAAGGGAGGGACGUCCUGCUCUGGUACAUUGUUCGGACGGGUGGGACCGCACCCCCCAGAUUGUGGCUCUUGCCAAGAUCUUGCUGGACCCCUUCUAUAGGACACUAGAGGUACACACACACACACACUCACACUCACACUCACUCUCUCACACACUCUGACCCCUGGCCCUUAGGAUACUGUGGUCACUAAGACUAACACUGAUGCAGCAAAUGUCAGGUUUUGUUACAUUUUGAUAGUAAGUUCAUGGUAUUACCAAUUGUUCCGCACACCCUAUUGAAUUUACCAAAAACACACAUACACACCUUUUUUAUGCCAUGGUGUGAGAGACACAACUGAACCCCCCCCCAAUCCACAGGGUUUCCAGGUGCUGGUGGAGACAGAGUGGUUGGACUAUGGUCAUAAGUUUGGCGACCGCUGCGGUCACCAGGAGAAUGCUGAUGAUGUGAGUGAGCAGUGCCCUGUCUUCCUACAGUGGCUAGACUGUGUUCACCAGCUACUCAAACAGUUCCCCUGCCUCUUCGAGUUCAACGAGGCAUUCCUGGUAUGUACAGUAGGCUACACUUACCACCUCUCCUUUUCAAUUUCUUUCUUUCUCUCUUUUCUUUACCCAAUCAUUCUCUUCUCUCUUUUUCUCCCCUCUCUCUCUUUGCCCUUACCUUCUCUCUCUUUCUACCUUUAGAAAGCCUGGCACUUUUUACUGCUCUUCUGUUGGCAUAGGACAUUUCUUAAAGAUUUCUUUAACGUUUGUACUUAAGAGGUAUCAGACAGUAACCUUUGAACACAGUAUUAUGUGUAUUGUCUUAAAGUGUACAUACAAUAUUUUAUGCCGCUGUAAAGGCCUAACUGUAUAUAUAACUUUGUACUGUGUUUAAGAGUGUACUGUUGUAUGUUUUGUAAGGAAUGUUUAUAGGGCUAACUGUGUUGUGUUCCUCUUCCCCCAGGUCAAGCUGGUUCAGCACACAUACUCGUGUCUGUACGGGACGUUCCUGUGUAACAACGGGCGGGAGAGAGAGGCCCGCAACAUCUACAAACGCACCUGCUCCAUCUGGUCUCUGCUCCGCCCCGGCAACAAGAACUUCCAGAACUUCCUUUAUAUCCCCUGUCAUGAUAUGGUAACCACGACGAUCGCGUCAUCUUUUAUUUUCUCUCCUCCAUUUUCAUAUUGAGACACAAGGUAUCAAUCUUUCCAAAGUCCAAUACACUUCUGAUGACGCCCGGGCUCAUAGUGUGUCUGAAAUGAGUGGAGCUUUUUGAUACUUUUGUUGACCUUUAAAAGAAAGGAAAGAUGCACUCACCCAAAUAUACUCAGGUGAUGGGCACGAUUCAUUUAUAGAAAAUGCUCCUCUCCUCCCUGUCCCCUGCUCCUCUCCUCCCUGUCCCCUGCUCCUCUCCUCCCUGUCCCCUGCUCCUCUCCUCCCUGUCCCCUGCUCCUCUCCUCUCCUCCCUGUCCCCUGUGUCCAGGUGCUGCAGCCGGUGUGCCACACCCGGGCCCUGCAGCUAUGGACGGCCGUCUACCUGCCCACCUCCUCACCCUGCACCGCUGCCGAGAACGCCAUGGAGCUCUACCUGUCCCCCAGCGCACAGGGAGACGAGCUCACCUCACGAUCCCUCGACAGGUGGGGCUAUCCCUUACCCACUCACUCCAUUCUUCCAUCUCAGUCUCUAGUCAUCAAUACAGCCCAUUAGUGGUUUUGUGAGACCAUUUACUGAAUUUGAUCUCAAACCAUCAUUGUGCUCCUUGUAUUGCUCUGAGCUCUCUCUUUUCACUUCUUAUUAAAUAAAGAGGGAACAGGCUUGUGGUGAAAACUGCAGGUAGGCUAGGCUCACUAGCUACAUCUCUAGUGUUGCUCAGAUCCAGCCUGCUAUCUAGUGGUACAGAAGGGAAGCUCACGGAUGAGGGAAGCUCCAACUUGAGAUUGUUAUUUUUUCCCCUUUGUGCAGGCUUCCUAAGACUCGCUCCAUGGACAACCUGGUGUCGGCCUGUGAGAACGGGGUGGUCCUCACCCGCACCUCCAGCGACCCCAACCUCAACAAGCACUGCCAGGAGGGCCGUACUGCCCAUGGCUUGGAGCCUAUGGCUGCUAUAGGAGGAGGGGCCGCACCCGAUAGCCCCGAGGACGUCAGCCCUGACACGGGAUUGGACAGUGAUGACUCUGAGGUGGAGCCUGUCACUCAGACUCCUCCUACCACACCCCUGGAGAUGGAGCCAAGGGAAGAGGGCUUCGAGGAGGAGGAAUUGAGAGAGGAGAUCUGUCUGACGACACAACCUCUGCCAUCCCUGCCCCUCCCCCCCAUCACUCUGGAGAAGGGCUUCCCCCACCCCUCCCCUCUCCCCCUGCCCACACCCAUUCUCCUCCAUUCCCUCCCCCAGACCACCAGCCCCCCACGCCCUCCCCCUCCCUUGCCACAACAGGCGGUUGACAGCCGCUACAGGACUGCUGAGGUCACUACCCCCCCUGCUCGGGCAGCAGAAGCAUGCUUACCUUCCCCACCUGCCUGGAAGGGCCCACUACCGGCAGCUGUUCUGAAUGGGCCUAUCACCAACGGCCUCCAGAACAGCCACUCAACGUCUGCAGAGCUGCUGGCCCUCGAGCAGCUAGUUCCCCUACUCCCUAUGGCCACGGAGGACUCCACAGAGACCCUCACGGACAAGGUAGAGGCCCCACCAACACUGCCCCCACAGUAGGAGAGAAAGUCUAGGCCAGACCCAGGGCCCAGAGUGGGCCUUACCCCAAGCCCAGACCCAGUCCCAGGCCCAGGGAGCGGAGAGAAAAGGGAAGAGGACAGAGUGUGUGAGUGGUAGAGAGUUGGUGCCUCUGAGAGAAUGUGUGGUAACAGUACCAACAGUAGCAAUGGCUGCCGCCUCUACAGUGCCCCCUGUUGACAACAGCCAGGUAGUGGCAGUGCGAAGCCCAGUCUCCCAGAGCCAACUGAGUGUCAGUGAGGAGCUGUCUCUCCUGGGCUCCCACUGGGAGAGUGUCCAGGGCCUGGUACAGUCUGCCUGCAGCACCGCAACCAGCCAGUCUGGCCUCUCAGCCAAUCUCUCCGCAGGUCUCUGUCGGGCCCUCCAGCCCACCGCCUACCAGAGUCGGCGCCUGGCUGGCAAGCUGCUCCGUGCCCAGGGCAUGGCCGUGUUGCCUAACGGAGGUUCGCAGUGCUGCCGAAGGGAGAAGGAGGAAAGGGUCCGUGGCCCGGCUCCAGCCCCAGCCAGCUCCAGCCCGGUCCAGUCAGGGUCAGGCUGGCUCUCUGCAGUCAGAAGCAGCUCGGGCUAUGCUGCCAUCUGCGGCCCAACCAGCACCAGCACCCCACCCACCUCUUCAACCCGCCAGUUCUUCUCAGCCUCUCCCUCCUCCUCAGCCUCCCCCCCGCCCUCCCAGCCCCCCCCGGCCUACCUGGAUGAUGACGGGCUGCCGGUGCCCAUGGACGCGGUGCAGCAGCGUCUCAGGCAGAUCGAGGCGGGAUAUAAACAGGAAGUGGAAGUGUUGAGGAGACAGGUGCGCCAGCUGCAGAUGAGGCUGGAGAGACCGUAUGGUACGCCGCCCUCCGAGCCUGACGUCGACUACGAGGACGACAUUGUGAGUAGCUCUCACAUGUAGACUUUAAACAGUAACCCAGUGUUGAGAAACCCCCCAAUGUAUUAUUACUGUACUGUGAAAGGAUAUCAAUGCCUUAACAGAUAGCCAAUCCCUCAAUAGUUGUGAUGGACAUCUGUAUGUGAAGUGAAAAAGGUGUGGAACAGUGUCUCUCUCGCUCUCAACCUAUCUGUCUCUCGCUCUCAACCUGUCUCCCUCCCUCUCAUAUUGACCUCUCUGUUCCCUGUCUGUCCCCUGUCUGUCCUCUCCGUCUCCAGACGUGUCUGCGUGAGUCAGACGACAGUGACGAGGAGGACAGUCUGUCGGACCACAGCGAGGACUGUUUUUCCGAGGGCAGCUGGGACACAGUGGAGCAGAAGGACUCAGAGGUCAGCGUCCCUCAUAGUCUGCUUCAGGUUUCUCUCUCUACUGCUUCUUAUAUAUAACCCUAACCCCCUAACCUAAAUACUACACUGUAUACUACAGCCUCUCCUCUCCCACUCACCUUUCUACCUUUCUGCCCCAGAUACGUGCAGUGCCUUCAGAAAGUUUUUAUACCCCUUGACUUAUUCCACAUUUUGUUGUUACAGCCUGAAUUCAAAAUGGAUAAAAAUAAUUAUCCCCAUCUACACACAAUACCCCAUAAUGUCAAAGUGAAAACAUGUUUUUAGAAAUUGUAGCAAAUUUAUUAAAAAUGAAAUACAGAAAUAUCUCAUUUACAGUACAUCAGUAUUCACAGGCCUGAGUCAAUACAAGCACCUUUGACAGUGAUUACAGCUGUGAGUCUUUCUGGGUAAGUCUCUAAGAGCUUUCCACACCUGGAUUGUGCAACAUUUGCCCAUUAUUCUUUUCAAAUUUCACUCUCGAUUAGGUUAGUAUUGUGGAGUAACUACAAUGUUGUUGAUCAAGCCUCAGUUUUCUCAUAUCACAGCCAUUAAACUCUGUAACUGGUGAAAUCCCUGAGCGGUUUCCUUCCUCUCCGGCAACUGAGUUAGGAAGGACACCUGUAUCUUUGUAGUGACUGGGUGUAUUGAUACACCAUCCAAAGUGUAAUUAAUAACUUCACCAUGCUCAAAGGGAUAUUCAAUAAAUGCCUUUUUAAUUUUUAGCCAUCUACCAAUAGGUGCCCUUCUUUGCAAGGCAUUGGAAAACCUCCCUGGUCUUUGUGCUUGAAUCUGUUUUUGAAAUUCACUGCUUGACUGAGGGACCGUGUGGGGUACAGAGAUGAGGUAGUCAUUCCAAAAUCAUGUUAACCCUGUAUUGCACAGAAAGUCCAUACAACUUUAUUAUGUGACUUGUUAAGCAAAUUUUUACUCCUGAACUUAUUUAGGCUUGCCAUAACAAAGGGGUUGAAUACUUAUUGACUCAAGACAUUUAAGCUUUUCAUUUUUUAUUAAUUCCACUUUGACAUGAUGGGGCCAGUGUAGGCCAGUGACAAAAACUCUCAAUUUAAUCCAUUUUAACACAACAAUGUGGAGAAAGUCAAGGGCUGUGAAUACUUUCUGAAAGCACUGUAUGUGUCACACACUGUUCUAAUAGAAAUGAAUGUGUGCGUGUGUGUAUCUGCAGGUCACCAGGUGGGUGCCCGAUCACAUGGCCUCCCAUUGUUUCAACUGCGACUGUGAGUUCUGGAUGGCCAAGCGACGUCAUCACUGCAGGUUUGUUUAGCUUUACAUUUUGACUUCUUGACUAAUGCUUACAUUAGUGAUCAAUGGUAAAGUGUAGGAUAAUAAAUAUAGCAUAAACAGCAGAUUUUAUACCACACCUACCAUGAUUUGAGAUAAGGACUUAGUAGCACGUAUGACAUCUCCUGCGUCUUUAGUGAAGCUAGUUGCAGAUAUCAGCUGUUUUUAAGAACGUUUUACUUGCAGUUAUUGUGAUAUUUGGUUGCUUUCCCUACCUUAGUUGAAUGCACUCUCAGGAUAAGAGCAUCUGCUAAAUUACUAAAAUGUGAAUCUAGUUGUUGAUUUGUUUGCCCUUCUCCCUCCUUUAGGAACUGUGGCAAUGUGUUCUGUAAAGACUGCUGCCACCUGAAGCUGCCCAUCCCAGACCAGAAGCUGUACGACCCUGUGUUAGUGUGUAACGUCUGCUACGACCUGCUGCUGGAGGCUAGGAACAGAGAGAUCUGCAGCCAGCAGCUCAAGAAGCCCAUCGCCACAGCCUCCAGCUGA